CUCCCGCGGGAUCCCGGACGGGGCCGAGGGCCGAGGUUGGUGAAGCCGCCGGAGCGGCGUCUGGUCUCGGACUCGAGCCAUGGGGGGCAACCUGGGCUGCCACCGCUCCAUCCCGCGGGACCCCUCGGACUUAUGCCACAGCCGCAAGUUCAGCGCGGCGUGCAACUUCAGCAACAUCCUGGUCAACCAGGAGCGGCUGAACAUCAACACGGCCACGGAGGAGGAGCUCAUGACCCUCCCGGGGGUCACCAGGACGGUGGCCCAGAACAUUGUGGAGUACCGGGAGUACAUCGGGGGCUUCAAGAAGGUGGAGGAUUUGGCGCUGGUCAGCGGGGUGGGCGCCGCCAGGCUGGAGCAGGUGAAGUUUGAGAUCUGCGUCAGCAGCAAGGGGAACUCGGCCCAGCACUCGCCCAGCUCUCUGCGGAAGGACCAGACCCUCGACCACCUGUCCGCUGCGAAGAUCAACAUCAACACCGCCACCUCCGCCCAGCUCAUGAGCAUCCGUGGCAUCACGGAGAAGAUCGCCAACGGCAUCGUGGAGUACCGGAAGGAGCACGGGCCUUUCAGGAGCAUUGAGGACCUGGUCAAGAUGGACUGCAUCAACUCUUCCUUUCUGGACAGGAUCCGGCACCAGAUCUUCGCGGAGAGGUCGAGGCCCCCCUCCACGAACACCAACGGCGGCGGCCUCAACUUCACGGUCAAGCCCCACCCCAGCCCCACCUCCCUCAGCCUCCAGAGUGAGGAUUUGGAUUUCCCGCCUGGGGGGCCGACUCAGAUUAUCUCCACCCGGCCCACCGUGGAAAUGUUUGGCGGGGUGAGAGAUGGGAAGCCCGUCCUGAGGGUGGCCACUUGGAACCUGCAGAGCUGCUCUGUUGAAAAAGCCAACAACCCUGGCGUGCGAGAAGUCGUGUGCAUGACCGUUCUGGAGAACAG